GGCACCUCCUCAUUGGACGGACAGCCGUGUGGAUUCGCGUCGCGGCGACGGCGAGGGAUUCCUUUCGGCCUGUUUUGUUUGCCUCCGCGCGAAGCCGGCUGCCUUCGUGCCUCGAUAAAGACUCGAGGCUGAUAAGAACACGUCCCGCAGGAACGGGACAGCGGACGGUCGCAGGUGAGGAUCCGCCGGGAGAGACGCGAGAGUUCCAAGGCCACGAGUCGAUCUCCGUCGUUCGCUGCCGCGUUCGAUCAGCCACGAUGACGCUGCAGGCGAUACAAUGGGAGAAGCAGGAGGGUAGGUUGCAGAUCUUGGACCAGAAGCUGCUGCCGGACGUCACCCAGUACUCCGAGAUCAAGGGCGUGGGGGACGGCUGGAAGGCGAUCAACAGCAUGCAGGUGCGGGGUGCACCGGCCAUAGCCAUCGUCGGCUGCCUCAGCUUGGCGGUGGAGAUCAUCCACAAUCCAGAGUACGUGGACAAGGCGGCUCUCUGCCAGGAUAUCGAGAGUAAACUCAAUUACCUGAUAUCAGCGCGGCCAACGGCGGUCAACAUGAACACCGCGGCCAACGAGCUCAUAACGCUGGCGGAAAAUCUUUAUAAGGACGCCACGAUCACGCUGUCACAGAUGAUUGACAGAUUCGUAAACGCCAUAGAUGGGAUGCUGCGGAAGGACGUGGCGGACAACAUCGCGAUCGGCGACCUGGGCGCGCAUGAUAUCCUGUACAACGUGCCCAAGGACAGCGUCAUCAGGAUUCUCACGCACUGCAACACCGGGAGCCUCGCCACCGCGGGAUACGGCACAGCGUUAGGCGUCAUCAGGUCGCUUCACAAGAUGGGCAAGCUCGAGCGCGUCUACUGCACCGAGACCAGGCCGUACAAUCAAGGCGCUCGUCUGACCGCUUACGAGCUGGUGCACGACAAGAUACCGGCGACGCUCAUCUGUGACGACAUGGUCGCCGCAGCGUUGAGGAAGAAGCAGAUCACAGCGGUGGUCGUGGGCGCGGACAGAGUCGCCGCCAACGGCGACACCGCGAACAAGAUUGGGACUUACCAGAUCGCGGUCCUCGCAAAGUAUCACAAGAUUCCCUUCUACGUGGCCGCGCCGCGGACGUCCAUUGACCUGACGAUGCCCAGCGGCGAUGACAUGGUCAUCGAGGAGCGACCCGUGCGGGAAAUGACGCACAUAAACGGCCGGCGAGUUGCAGCGAAGGAUAUCGACUGCUGGAAUCCGGCGUUCGAUGUAACGCCAGCGAGCCUGAUCACCGGCAUUAUCACGGACAUUGGUGUUUUCAAGCCGGAGGAUCUGAAGGUCGCGAUAGAGGAGCACGAACCCGUCUGCCCGCGACUCCACGAGUGGACUUAUUUAUGAAAAUAUUUCGAACACGCGUGUGCGUACGUACCAAUUAGUGAAUACCAAGACUGUUAUUUUUAACUACUACUAGUGCACAAAGUGCCGCUCUAGAGAGAAUACUUAAUCUCAGGAAAAAUAGUGAAAACAGAGUAGAUUGAAACCGACCAAUGAGAGGCUAAAAUCGAAAGAUUUAUAUUUCACGGGCUGUGAAGAUCGUAAUGUUCCAUUGUUUGCUGAAGUUGUAACAUACGUAUGAAUACUUUUUUUACACGACUACCCUGUAAUACCCUGUUGACGAUUGUGCCAUACCGUGUAUCGUUGCAAUGAUUUUCAGAGAUUUGUAUUACUACUGAAUAAACAGAUUUUACUAUGCA